AAGCUAAUCCUCUGACUUCAUUCUUUCCAGGUUUCUCACUCUCAAAACUGUUCCAUGAGAGUUUUAUUGAUAUUUUUUUUCCUUUUCAAGUGGAUUACCUUUCCAGACAAGUGUAAUCAAUUUAACAGCAAAAUCAGCAGAGCAUCCAGAGGGAGCACAGAGUCUGGAACCAUGGUUCUGGAACCUGUCUGGUCAUUAGAAUCACCUGGGAAGCCCCUGUCCCCAGCUCCCAGAGGUUCUGCCUCAGUGGCUUUAAGUCCCAGGAAUUGGCAUUAAAGAAGAAAGAAAACCAACUCUCCAGGCCAUUGUGACUAGACAGGUUUGAGAACCACUGGCUCAGAACAGAGCAAAUGGUUCUUAGAGCUGUAUUAGAGAUGAUCACAUCCAGCCCUUUUAUUUCUCAGAUGGGGAUACUGAGACCCCCAAGUGUCUUAAGCAGUUAACCCAUGGCCUUGUAGUCUGUCAGGGGCAUAGCGAGACACAGGAUGCAAAUCUGAUUGUCUAAUACUGUUUUCUUUUACUACAUAUGAAAACACAUCCCUGAUGCUUACUGUGCUAGUUAUAGUUACGUCAAUACAAAAAUAGUACAUGUAUAUUUGGAACCUGGGGAAGAGCAUUCCAGGUCCAGGUGAUAACCCCUCUUCUUUUGUAUUCCAGAAUGAUCCAGGUUUUAGAUCCGAGGCCUUUGACAAGUUCAGUCAUGCCAGUGGAUGUGGCCAUGAGGCUCUGCUUGGCUCAUUCGCCACCUCUGAAGAGUUUCCUGGGCCCUUAUGAUGAUCUCCAACGAAGAAAUUUUGUGAACAAAUUAAAGCCUCUGAAACCGUGUCUCAAUAUAAAACAGGAAGCCAAAUCACCGAAUGAGUGGAAGCAUUCACACGACCAAGCCAAGAAGCGGGUUGUGUUUGCUGACUCCAAGGGGCUCUCUCUCACCGCCAUCCACGUCUUCUCGGACCUCCCAGAAGAACCAGUGUGGGAUCCCCAGUUUGAUCUCUUGGACCUUAAUGAUAUCUCCUCUGCUGAUUACUUAAGUUUUCGGAACCACUUUCAGAAGAAUUUUGUCUGUCUGGAGAACUGCUCUUUGCAAGAGCGAACAUUGACUGGAACUGUGAAAGUGAAAAACAUGAGCUUUGAGAAGAAGGUUCAGAUUCGUAUCACUUUUGAUACCUGGAAAAGCUACACUGAUGUGGACUGUGUCUACCUGAAAAAUGUGUAUGGUGGCUCAGAUAGUGACACCUUCUCAUUUGCCAUUGACUUACCCUCUGUCAUUCCAACAGAGGAGAAAAUUGAGUUUUGCAUUUCUUACCAUGCUAAUGGGCAGGUCUUCUGGGACAACAACGAGGGUCAGAAUUACAGAAUUGUCCAUGUGCAAUGGAAACCUGACGGAGUGCAGACACAGACAGCAUCUCAGGACUGUGCAUUCCACCAGGUGCCCCCCAACACUGAGUCAGAGUCAUCCAUCUUUGGCAGUCCAAGGCUGGCCAGUGGGCUUUUCCCAGAAUGGCAGAGUUGGGGGAGAAUGGAGAACUUGGCCUCUUAUCGAUGAUUAAGUAACCUAGGGACUGGUUUUGAUCUGCCAUAUUUCCAAUGUAAUUCUAGGUCUGUAUUGCUCAAUAUUAGGAAGUUUUUGCUACUUUCCUUCAUUAGAUGUAGUUUUGAGCUUUUGAGACCUGGCUACAAAAAGAUAGCCACUUGAGAAUUUAUUGUUGAGGUCUAUACGAUGAUACUGCCCAAUUUUGCUUUGGAGGAUCAAGUAACAGCCUGGAACCCUAUUUUUGUAAAUAAUAAUAAUACUGUUUCAAGGCCCUUUCUCCUUCCCUCUCAAUUCACUAGCUUUCACGUUGGGCAAGGAAAGGUUGAGAAAGGACAGUUGAUGGUGAUGGCAAGCUGUUUUAAUGGUAUGAGGAAUGUCUGAAAAGUGCACACAAAGGGCUCCGCAGCUCAAGUUAGAGUAGGAGCGGUCUGAUACUUUGCUGUUGGUGAGAAAAUGUAAGGUUACUUUGUGUUUUU